GAGAAAGCAGAGGAGAAGGCUGUGCGCUCGGACAGGGGGCGCGCAAGGAGUCCACAUUGGUCCGGUUCUGGAAUCGUGAGGAUGGAGAUCCGGCCGGACAGGUUCAAGGCCGUGGCAGCCAAGACUCUCGGGAAAAUCUACGGAGCGAUUGAGAAAAAGCAGGAAAAUGGAGAAACCAUCGAGCUGUCGGCGGAGGGCCGGCCAGAGCUGGUGCAGGAGAAGGAGAUGCCCGUGGUGGACUGCACAUGCUUCGGCCUGCCCAGGCGCUACAUCAUCGCCAUCCUCUCUGGCAUUGGGUUCUGCAUCUCCUUUGGUAUCAGAUGUAACCUGGGCGUGGCCAUCGUCAGCAUGGUCAACAGCCACACUAUCAUCAGAGACAACAAGAAGGUCUUAGUGGAAGCACAGUUCAGCUGGAACCCAGAAACAGUGGGAAUGAUCCACGGUUCCUUCUUCUGGGGAUACAUCGUCACCCAAAUCCCAGGAGGGUUCAUCUGCCAAAAGUUUGCAGCAAACAGAGUUUUUGGGUUUGCUGUAGUGGCCACUUCUUGCCUGAACAUGCUCAUCCCCUCAGCAGCUCGGGUCCACUUCGGCUGUGUUAUCCUCGUCAGGGUGUUCCAAGGGCUUGUAGAGGGGGUUUCAUAUCCAGCCUGUCAUGGUAUUUGGGCAAAAUGGGCACCUCCUCUCGAGAGAAGUCGACUGGCCACAACAGCAUUCUGUGGUUCUUAUGCAGGGGCUGUGAUUGCCAUGCCUCUAGCUGGAAUCCUGGUCCAGUAUUCAGGAUGGUCAUCUGUCUUCUACGUCUACGGAAGUUUUGGUGUCCUCUGGUACUGCUUCUGGAUCCUGGUUUCUUACGAGAGUCCGGCGGCCCACCCCACCAUCACUGAGGAGGAGAGAAAAUAUAUUGAGGAGAGCAUCGGCGAGUCGGCCCAACACUCAAUAUCGAAAUUUAACACGCCAUGGAGGGCCUUCUUCACCUCCAUGCCUGUCUACGCCAUUAUUGUUGCCAACUUCUGCAGAAGCUGGACAUUCUACCUGCUUCUCAUCAGCCAGCCGGCGUACUUUGAGGAGGUGUUUGGGUUUGAGAUCAGCAAGGUGGGCAUACUUUCAGCUCUGCCCCAUCUGGUUAUGACCAUCAUCGUGCCCAUUGGGGGCCAAAUCGCUGACUUUUUACGCUCCAACCAGAUUAUGACUACCACCAAUGUUAGAAAACUUAUGAAUUGUGGAGGGUUUGGGAUGGAGGCGACUCUCCUGUUGGUAGUUGGAUUCUCACAUACAAAAGGUGUUGCCAUCACGUUUCUGGUUCUGGCUGUGGGUUUCUCUGGUUUUGCCAUUUCAGGUUUCAACGUGAACCACCUGGACAUUGCACCUCGGUAUGCUAGCAUCCUCAUGGGUAUCUCCAACGGUGUGGGUACUUUGUCGGGCAUGGUUUGUCCUCUUAUAGUUGGUGCAAUGACAAAGAAUAAGACACGAGAGGAGUGGCAGGGUGUGUUUCUCAUCGCCUCACUUGUUCAUUAUGGAGGUGUUAUAUUCUACGGCAUCUUUGCUUCCGGAGAGAAACAACCGUGGGCCGAGCCAGAGGAACUCAACGUGGAGAAGUGUGGCAUCCUGGAUGAGGACGAGCUCGCCAACGAGACGGAGGAGCUCUACCGUACGAGUGGCGGGGUCGGAUAUGGAGCCAUGAACCAGGCUUCGGAUCCCAAUGGAGCAGGAGGAGGCUGGGUCUCAGACUGGGAUAAAACAGAGGAGUACGUCCAACCGUCUGGGACCAACAAUUAUCUUUACGGAGAGGAGGGCGAUCGAGAACUAACAUAGAAACAGCAGAUUCCUCACCUAUGUUCCUGUAAAAAGACACAGACUGCACACAGUGUGGGAUCUCACUUUGAAGAAAUUUGGGAAUCGUGGAUUCAAAAUGAAGGACAAUUCUUGGUAAAUGUGACUAUAGUAACUCAAAUGAACUGAUUUUAAAGACUGCUGACUACAUUAGUUCAUGUAAAAUGUGUUUGUAUGUGAUUGCAGUGGUGUGCAGUGAUUGUUUUAGGAAUCAGAAGCCUUGCAGUCUUUGCUGGAGGUGGGAUGUACUUUUGGGCGGAUGUGGCUUCCAUUGUUGUUUAAUAAUUGUAGAAAUUUCUGUGCUAACGAUCACAACAUGGUAUUUACUCAUAUGCCUAUCAUUUUAAUCCUUCUAAUUUUUAAAUACACAGAUCACAGUCCUUUUAAUCUUAGGUGAAUUGUUGAGRAGUUUCAGACGCAAAGUUUCUGCAGAUUGCAGGGAAAUAAACAGCUCUCUAUACGUUAAAACAGAAUGGUUACCCUAUAAUGACAGUGUUAAUUUAUGUCCUUAAUCUGCACAUAUAAGAAAAAACACUGUGCCAAUGCAACAAAAUAUUUUUUUCUGUAGUAUCGGUUUAUUUAUUUGCUGAAUACUAACCGAUCAGCAGCAAAUGUUACUUCAUGCAUCGUUCUGUGAGGUAGAUGGCAAAAUGAUUAGAUUAAAAUCAACAAAACAAUUUUUUUGUCUUGUUACAAAAUUCAACAUCUGAAUCAUUUUUCAUUAAAAUUUUGUUGUAUUAUAUGUUUCAUUAAAAAUAAAGAAAUAUAUGUAUAUUUAGUGGGGUUGUGUGGAGUAGGUUUGAAUAGACAGUGUCUUACCUGCAGGGUUUCGAUUUCAAUAAAUGGGAAGAAAUUCUAAUGCAGGAAACAAAGCAAGGCCCAUUUACACCACCUGAUACAACAGACGUUUCAUCUCUAUCUGCUUUUUAAAUGCUUUUAUCUGUUUUAUUACUUUUUACAUCUUGUUUUAUUUAUUUAUUUAUUUAUUUAUUUAUUUAUUUAUUGCAUGGAGCAGUUGUUUACAGUGUCAAAGUUUCUCAACCCAUUGUGUGCACUAAGGCUUCUAGCUGCAAUACAUUGCUGAUCAGUAAUGACUGACAGUUCUACUGGUCUCAUCCUAUGGAAAAAUCAACUACACAGUAAAGAAAAGUGAUCUUUUUUAGAACAAAGUCGUCUCCUUCCUUAGAAGAGAUAAUCACAGGACAAGACGUUAGAGGUGCUACUGAGCUGCAGUGCUACAGGUAAACCACAGCACUGCAGCAGUUACCAUUAGCAUUGCAGCAUGAAAAUAUUUUAACUGAGAAAUAACAACUUGAACAACUGUCUCAUGAAAAAGCAUUGCGAUACAAAUUCAGCUACUUUUAUCAUUUUAAGAUUUAAUAUUAUAGAUGAAUCUUUACUCUUAUUGGGCUCUGCUCAGAGUAGGGUUAGCUUGACUGCCCCAUGAGGAUUUCAACUGGAUUUUCCAAACUGAGAUCUCUCUGACUGUCUACUGCAGGUAAGAUACUGAACACACAUAAGUCACACAUACCAUCCUAAAAUGGUGAAAAUAGUUAUUGUAUCAAAUAUAUUUAAGCUAGUGUUCAUCAGAAUGGCAUCGGAACUGGUUUUCUGUCACCACAGUUGGCUAAUGAGGUUGUUUUGAAGCACUUUUGUUUAAAUAUGGACUUUCAUAUUGUUUUGCUUCAUUUUCCUGUUAACCACAAAGCCAAGAGUUAAAGUUAGUAAGUGUGUUAGGUCAGCAGAGUAUUAUAAUGACUGAAAAUCGGUGAUAGUGGAAAAUUCAAUGUAAAGAUUUUUAUUGGUUUUGUUUUUGAUUUUAAUUUAAAAAUGUGUAAAACUCAUGUGAAAACAUUGUAUAAUAAAACUUAGAGGUGGUCA